AUGGCGCCGGACAGGCUGAGCAAAUUGCCGGACUGCCUGCUCCAGGCCAUCCUCUCCUCCUUGGGAGCCAGGCAGGUCUUGCAGACGACGGCUCUGUCGCGGCGGUGGCGCCACGUCUGGCGUGGUGCUCUGUGCCUGUCCCUCGACAUCGACCAGCGGGAGUUCGAAGCAGCGUCGACCGACCGCGACGGCAAGAGCAGCAGAUCCGUGGAGCUCGAGGAGUGGGCAAGGUUCGACGACUUCGCGGACAGCCUCCUCCUGCUGGAGUUGGACCGCCGCGACGGCGGCGACGGCCUGCCCCUGGACCUGGACUCGCUCCGCCUGCACGUCGUCGACCAUCUGCAGGCCAGCCGGCGGAGGCUGCCGCUCCACAUCAAGUGGCUGGACUGGGUUCACGGCUGCCUCGACCGCUACCGUCCCGCCGCGCUCGAGAUCCAGAGCGAUUACGACAUAGCCGUCGACCUGCGUCUCAUGGGCCUCCGCUCCGAUCUAAGCCGCCUCAAGACGGUGCGCCUCACCGGGGUCCUACACAGCGGCGGCCUCGGCGACUCCGUGUGCCCUCAGCUGGAGAACGUCGAGUUCACCAGCUGCGCCAUUGGUUUUGGGGAGGUGGUGACCAGUCACACGCUCAAGAAGCUGGUCAUGGACCGUUGCUGGAGGAGAGCGGAUAUGAAGCAACGUGCUCCCCCGCUCGUCGACGCUCCCGCCCUUACUUCUCUACGUCUGGUCCUCGAGUUCCAGGGCAUAUGGGUGUUCCGGACGCCGUCGCUCGUCGAGGCAUCGGUCCGUUCCACGAGACGGUGGGUCGGCAGGGCCGACGAAUACCAGCUUCUCUGCAACCUCUAUAACGUGACAAGAUUAGAGCUCUCCGGCUUCCUGGCGCUAGAGAAGAUUAGGAUGAAGCGAGGACAUCAAGAUUUGCCAACAUUUCAUAAUCUGACUACAUUGCUCUUGGACGAGUGCGACUUGACCGGUGAAGUUUACAACAUGCUAGAGUUUUUUCUGAACAAUGCUCCCAAACUGGAGGAACUUACUCUGCAGAAUUGCAAGCUUCCGCAAGAUUGGACCGAGUCGAAGAAGAUGUGUCUGAACCUCAAGUUUAGGGAGAUCAACUCUCAUAAGGAGGGUGAUUUUCAACAGGUGGAUCAUUGA